UCUCCGAGUAAGAAAUUAAAGAUAAAUCAUCCCCUAGCAAUAAAUAAGGACGAGGAAGAAGGGAAGGACGAAGACAAGAACGAAGAUGAAGAUGAGAACGAAGAGAAAGACGAGAACAAAGACGAGAGCGAAGACGAGAAGGAAAACGAGAAUGAAGACAAGAACGAAGACGAAAAUGAAGACGAGAACGAGAGCGAAGACGGGACGGAAGACAAGAACGAAGACGAGAACGAAGACGAAGACGAGAACAAAGACCAAAACGAUGACGAGAACGAGGACAAGAACGAAGGUGAAGAUGAGAACGAAGACGAAUAUGAAGACGAGGAUGGGAAGGGAAAAGAGGGAGAACACGAAUGAAAGCUAUAAUUAUCAGCGGAAUGAAAUUGUCUAUGUAGAUGGUUUGAUACAGUUUGCACUGAGUGCUUUGCUUUGGCAGUUUUGAGAACAUUUUGCGUUAGGAAAUAAAUGCUUUGAAAAGAUAGCCUGUUUCAGUAUAUACAUAUUUAUAAAAAAGUGCAGUAAACUGUUUUCCAAACGAGUUCUGUCCAAAAAAAAAAAAAAAUAUAUAAUAUGAACAUUUUAUUGGCGGUACAGAACUUGAAAAUGGCUUUCUAAAAAGCAAACGUUUCACAACAUCCUACUUAAAGCUUUAUCGUCGGACUUUUCUCAGAGUAUUAAACGUCAGAAUAAGGUUCCGA